CGAGACCCCGCCUCUCCGCCUCUAGCCUGCCGCGGCCGCUCACGGCGCUCGCGCAGCGAUGGCGGAGGCUGUGGAGCGCACUGACGAGCUGGUCCGGGAGUAUCUGCUCUUCCGCGGCUUUACGCACACGCUGAGGCAGCUGGACGCCGAGAUCAAGGCGGACAAGGAGAAAGGGUUCCGGGUGGACAAGAUCGUGGACCAGCUGCAGCAGUUAAUGCAGGUGUAUGACUUGGCUGCCCUUCGGGAUUACUGGAGUUACCUGGAACGGCGACUCUUCAGUCGCUUGGAGGAUAUAUAUAGACCCACCAUCAACAAGCUGAAAACCAGCCUGUUCCGCUUUUAUCUUGUCUACACCAUCCAGACAAACAGAAAUGACAAAGCUCAAGAGUUCUUUGCAAAGCAGGCCACAGAGCUCCAGAACCAGGCCGAGUGGAAGGAUUGGUUUGUCCUGCCCUUCCUGCCAUCCCCAGACACCAACCCCACCUUCGCUACCUACUUCUCUCGACAGUGGGCCGAUACCUUUAUUGUGUCCCUGCACAACUUCCUGAGCGUCCUGUUUCAGUGCAUGCCAGUUCCCGUAAUCCUGAACUUCGAUGCGGAAUGCCAGAGGACCAACCAGGUUCAAGAAGAAAAUGAAGUUCUUCGCCAGAAGCUUUUCGCCCUGCAAGCCGAAAUCCACCGCCUGAAGAAAGAGGAGCUGCAGCCAGAGGAGGAAGAGGCCUUGGUCCAGCACCAGUUGCCUCCUUAUGUCUCCCACAUGGACCGCCUGGGGGACUCGGAGCUGGCCAUGGUGUGCAGCCAGAGGAACACUUCCCUGUCGCAGUCGCCUCGAGUGGGUUUCCUGUCCUCGCUGCUGCCUCAGAGUAAGAAGAGCCCCUCAAGGUUUGUGCCUGCCCAGGGUCCCUCUCAGGCUCCGAGCUCAGCCAGGAAAGAGCCUCUCAGCGGUCAGACUGCCAAGGGAAAGGAUGCGGCGUGCGGGCCCAAAGACGGGAAGAGCCUCUUCGGCGGGCUGGCGUCCGGGGAGUCCAGCUGGUCGCAGCACCGGCAACGGCGCCUGCAGGAUCACGGCAAGGAGAGGAAGGAGCUCUUCUCUAUGACUUUGCAGAGCUCAGAGAAGAAGGCCGAGGCUAGUGGCCCAGAGGCUGAGCCCUGCCCCGAGCCCCAUGUGGAGGCACUGGAGACGCUGACACGGGCUUCUGCAGCAGGUGCCGAGGGCGGAGGGGUCCGCCCCGAGCAGCCGUUUAUUGUGCUGGGGCAGGAGGAGUACGGGGAGCACCACUCCUCUAUCAUGCACUGCAGAGUGGAUUGCUCGGGGAGGAGGGUCGCCAGCUUGGAUGUAGACGGGGUCAUCAAAGUGUGGUCCUUCAACCCCAUCAUGCAGACCAAAGCGUCCUCCAUUUCCAAGUCGCCACUGCUGUCUCUGGAGUGGGCCACCAAGCGGGACAGGCUGCUCUUGCUGGGCAGUGGUGUGGGGACGGUGCGUCUUUAUGACACAGAAGCCAAGAAGAAUCUCUGUGAGAUCAACAUCAACGACGAUAUGCCCAGAAUCCUGUCGCUUGCCUGCAGCCCCAACGGGGCCUCUUUCGUCUGUUCAGCCGCUGCUCCGAGCCUCGCUGCCCAGGUGGACUUCUCGGCUCCAGAUAUUGGCAGCAAGGGUACUAACCAGGUUCCCGGCAAGCUGCUGCUGUGGGACACGAAAACCAUGAAGCAGCAGCUCCAGUUCUCUCUGGACCCCGAACCCAUUGCCAUCAACUGCACAGCUUUCAAUCACAACGGGAACCUGCUGGUUACGGGGGCAGCUGAUGGUGUCAUCCGGCUGUUCGAUAUGCAGCAGCACGAGUGCGCCAUGAGCUGGAAGGCCCACUGCGGGGAGGUCUACUCAGUGGAGUUCAGUUACGACGAGAACACCGUGUACAGCAUCGGCGAGGACGGGAAGUUCAUCCAGUGGGACAUCCACAGGAGUGGCCUGAAGGUGUCCGAGGACAGCCUCCCCGCUGACGCCACCGGCCCCUUUGUGCUGUCGGGUUACAGCGGCUACAAGCAGGUUCAAGUGCCCCGGGGCCGGCUCUUCGCUUUUGACUCGGAGGGAAAUUACAUGCUGACGUGUUCUGCCACAGGGGGCGUCAUCUACAAGCUGGCUGGGGAUGAGAAGGUUCUGGAAUUCCAUUUAAGCCAGGGUGGCUUCUGUGGGCUGACGAUUUUCUGUCAGAUUUGCUCUGUAACCAUUUAAGGCUUGGAAGAUUUCCCUCUGUAUAAUUUUUGAAAUGCCAGUUAUGGGGUCUAAUUUCUUAAGGAAUAUAAUGAACUUUAGAUCCACUUUUUACAAUCUUUAAACGAUCUAUGAUUUUUCUAAAGAUGUUUUCUCCAUGAGGGCCCAGACUUCUCUUUCCUACUCAUGGGUGUUUUCUUUUGCUGGAUUGAUCAUUAUUAACUGUGCUCCUGGCUUCCCCUUCCUUGUUCCCUUCUGACUCUCAUCACUGUGGACUGAGUCCUGGGAGGCUGGUGCUGCUGGGCGAGGGAGAGCCCUGCUCACACAUCCUCAGGGUGGCCGGCGUUGCACUGAGCUGGCUGCUGUCGGAGAGGACCCACAGCCCGCCCUCCGGCAGCUUGCAUUCCAGGGGGAAGCAGAUGGGAAACAGCAGGGCAUGUGUGAUCGCAUGCUGGAGAGCAGUAAGCCCAGUAGGAGCAGAUUUGGGUGUGGUUUGGGGAGGGUGUAGAAGGCACAUGCCCACAGUGAGUUAAAGGUGGCAGAGAGAACAUUCUCUUGUCUUUUUGAGCAGAUUUUCCACCUAAGACAAAGGGAUGACUAUAGUCGGGACAGUGAAGGCGUUUCCUGGCACAAGAAAUUAAACUGAGGUCUUCUGGGAGGGAAGGAUGGGUAUGCGUGCCCGGCACUUCCUCAUGUUGGGGUGGCAGCCCCCAGACUCGAGGCAGUUUGGUGGAUAAAGUGCUGUGUGUGUGAACAGUGCCUGCUGACGCCU